CUCGCACUGGCCGGCGCCGGCGCCGGCGCGGGCUCCCUAUUCACCGCGGCCCUCACCAGCCUCGGCGUCUCGCCCGGCGCCGCCGCGCCCCCCGCCGCCGCCGCGAGUGUCGCGGCCGCGGCCGCGCCGCCGCCGCCCGGCAGCUCCAUCGGCGCGACGGGCUUCCGCGCGCCGAGCCCGAGCGGCGGCGGGUUUGGAUUCGUGGACGGCGGGUUUGCGGGGGUCGCGGCGGAGCGGGGCGCCGCGCUGCGGGCGGCGGUGCGGCCGCUGAAUGACAUUCUGGAGGUUAGGACCGAGCCGCCGCCCGCGCGCGCCAUCGCCGCCGCGGCGCCGGGCAAG